AUGUUUUCAGCUCCUCCCUGUGUGCUUAGUAAAACAUUCCAGUCCAGCUCUGGGACUCUGCUGGUUCCUCCAGACACUCUCACUCAGCUCCGCUCAAAAUCUGGACGAGCAACAGGAGUGACUGACCCUGACACAAAAAUGAGAGGACUUGUUGUCUUGGUUACUUUGGCGUGCUUUGCCAGUGCUCAACACCAAGCACUGAUUGAUUACUUGGAGCGGCGACUGCUUGCUAUUGAGGAUCGCAUCUCGCUGUGGCAUGAACAGACCAACCGCUACGCCACAGAGCUGCGGGAGCUGAAGCAGCAGAUGGUCGCCCAGCUGGAGAACCUGGACAAAGAGAAUGAGGUUCUGCGUAACACUCUCGAAAGCGUGGGAGCACGUGUGGACCGUGUUGAGCGCGAGAUGGACUACCUGGAGACCCAAAAUGGGGCCCAGCCGUGUGUGGAUAUGGACGACAAGCUGAUGGAGCAGCAGGUGACACAGGUGAAGGAGGACAACAAGGCCAAGUAUGCAAAGCUCUCAGACUGUCGGGACAUGAUCUCCAGCAUAAAGGCCAUGAAAAUCUUGAAGAAACUUGGAGGUCCAAAGGGCACAUGGAGCAAAGACGUGAGCCGCGGCUCUGGGAGGGUUUACAUCUUUAACGGGACAGAUGGAGACACCAUCCAUGAGUUUGCCACUGUGCACGACUUCACCGGCUCCCUGGGCUUUACCCGGGCCAAAGCUGUGACGCUGCCCUCUGCCUGGAGGGGAACAGGCCACGUCAUCUACAACAGCCACGCAUAUUACGUGAAGCAGGGAGAAGAGGUGGAGCUGGUCAAGUAUGACAUGAGGAACGGCUCUGUGACAGAUACCGCAGUGUUCCCCGUGCAGGAUAACCUCCCGGUGUACAGUCUGACCCCCGAGACUGUAGUGGACCUUGCUGUGGAUGAGGAAGGCCUGUGGGCAAUCUACGCCACACGGGAGAAUGACAGGUACAUCUCCAUGGCAAAGAUGGACGCCAAGUCGCUGGACACCGAGCAGAUGUGGGACACGACAUGUCCGAGGGAGAACGCAGAGGCGGCUUUUGUCAUCUGCGGCACGCUGUAUGUGGUUUACAACACCAAGCAGCCAGGCCGCUCACGUGUCCAGUGUGUGUUUGACGUCAACGGCAUGGUGACCAGCGAUGACGCGCCUCUGGUUUACUUCCCAAAGCGCUACGGGGCUCACUCCAGCCUGAAGUACAACCCGCUGGAGCAGCUUCUCUACGCCUGGGACGACGGCUACCAGAUCCUCUACAAGCUGGUGAUGAAAAAGAAACUGGAGGUGUGAGCUGAGACCCCAGCCAGCACCCGCCCGCCACACCCUCUCACCCCCCACCUACUCACACAUACAGUACACACGUGAUUUAAAGCUACAGUGCGGAGCUUUUACUGUUUUUCUUUGCAUGAAGAUUGAAAGAAACCCGUAAGUUUACUUCUCAAGCAACAUUUCAUUUACUGCCAGAGGAGGGAAACAAAUCCUACAGGACUGGACGGUUCCGUACUGCAGAUUUAAGUCUGAAUUUUCAAUAAACACAUUCAAAAGUGCUGGAGUCUUAAAAAAAAGGGCAAAUACUACCAGUUGUGAAGGUUGCACAUAUUUUCAGUGUUUUACAAGGUUCAGCUCUAUAUGAUUUCAUCUGCACAGCACAGUUUCUCUUGGCUGUGCAGACUUAUUGCUAAUCAGACUGCACUUCCACCUUUACAGCAGUUGUUUCUUAGUCAGCUCUAAUGGUGAGCCGACAUGAAAAUGCUGACUAACCUGUGAUCUGUUGUGCUACUGUCAAGUUUCAAGGUGGGGCCGCUUUAAGGUCAAGCCGCAAAAUAUGGAGAACGUCAUAAUUUCAACCUGGUAAAUUACACACUUAAACCCUCACCUUAAUCGCACUGAGACUCAAUGCCUAACUGAAAAUAUGGCAUCAUUAAUUUUAGAGGAAACAACUAUUUUUGACCUUGGUUGCUGAGUGGAGACCCAAAUAAUAUUUUACACAUUUCCUUGAAAGGCAUUUUCCCCCAUGAAUGCGCCAUUUACUAUGGAAACAUUUGUCAUAGAAAAUGCAAAGCUCCUUUACAGAGAGAAUAAAUAUUUGUUGUAAAAGGGGAGUCUGGAUCUGACUUGACUGAAACAGCUGACGUCAUGAGCUGUGUGGUCUGAUUAGUAGAUACAUGAUGGCAUUAACUAUUUUUGAGCAGGUAUCUUGUAGCCGUGGAUGUUGCUGUAAAGCUUAAGCCUUUCUGAAACUUCGAUGAAAAGCUAAAAAAUAUACUUGCAACGUGCAAAUGCUUAGCCAAAGUGUAAUGAGAGAAUUUAUUUGCUGUAGGACUAACUGUACGGUAGCACAAAGACAAAAGUAGUACAGUGUAAGUAGGAUCACACAGGCUCUGAUGCUGCUGAGCCAAAUUAUUUAAUAUCUAUUGUAUUCUAUUAUAAAUCAAGGCGAUGCUUUGUUUGAGACAGUUCAGCAUGAUGAAAGUUUUUUGCCUCAAAUUACAUUUUGUAGCUUUUUUUAAUAUAAUAUGUGUGUUUUCACAAAGUUCUGCUGAUGAACAUUCAAAGGGUGUGAAAACAAGAGACUGGUGGGACAAAAACACAGCAAUGUCACUGAGGCAGGUACAAGACGAAAGUUAUGAGUACAGAUGGCAUAUUCUUACACUUGCAACGAGCUGGCUAGCACUGUUACCUUUGUCUUUUUAUGCCUCAUGUGUGUUAUCUAUUAGAAACUGAGAGGUUUCAUUACAAAAUGCUAUGCCGCUUGGACAAACUCUCUGCUGCAAAAACCCGCCAUUUCUGAAAAGUGAUUGUAACUGAUGAUAAAUGAUGAUCUAUUUUUUUAACCAACUUUUGCAACUUCAGUGUGGUUUAUCUGUCAUGUCAGCAGGAAAUGGAUGUUUUUUUUUUUUUUUUUCCAUAUCUCAAGUUAUUCAGUUAAUAAUUCCUGUCACCUUGCAGUUUUUUGAACGUGGGCUGCUUGGCCUACAGGCUACAUCACACUGAACAGUCUUACAAGAUAAAACACAUCAAUUACUUUCAAAAUCAGAGUUUUGUUGUGUUCAAAGUGAAACAAUUUUUCAAUCUUUAGGUUGAGUGAAUUUUACAGUAUUAAGGAAACAGCAUGGCUCUCAAAAUGGUUUGUUGCUGUUACUUGUUUUUAUGACAUAAAAUUACCAAAAUUAGCAAAGAGCACCAAUAUUUGGAAUUCUGUCAUCAUUUUGACACAUUUAUUUAUUUCUGCUUGAAAAAUUACAUUUCUGUCUCCAGCUGUAUUCAUUUCUUCUUUAUGCCUGUUAUAUUGCACAUUGCAUUGCACACUAUCAUCUAUUUCAACCCUACAUUAUGGAUCACUAUCAA